AUGCCUGCCACAACCUCCGCGGCUACGGUGAUGACUACCAACUCUUCCACCCUCGCCAUCAGUGAGAGCAUUGCCAACGUUCCGUCAACCUCUACCCUCAUGUGGACUCAAUCACAACCUGUCCUCGUCUCGAUUGCACAUUCAUCUUACGCAUCGCUUGUGAAUCUAUCGAACUUCGGCCGGCGCACCAGCGUCAGGAUUCCCCACGUACACUUAUCACAUCCGCCAUCACUGUCACACCGUUCACGCACAUUCACUUACUACAUGGGCCUAUUCAGUCGCAUGCGCAUCCACGACGGCGAAAUUCACCGUAGUGUCGACACAUCAAGCAUAUCUUGCACUCCUAAUAACUCUCCCAUCUCCAGCCCAACCAACCCUCCAGCUGCCAACGUGGUUGCCACUAGCAGCAUCGUAACCCCAAUCGACUCAGCAUCUCCCAGCCUAUCUUGCUCACAGUGCCACCGCACAUGCACGCCAGUCACCGGCCCGGUAGGUCACUUGCGAAUCAAUCGCACAGAGACGGACGAACCAGUGCCUGGAGUACCAACAUACACCCGUCGCCGUCGUCUCAGCUGCCGGCGUUUCUCACGCACAUUGAGUCAUCGCAUGGGCCUACGCAGUCACAUGUGCCUUCAUAUAAACCUGUGACAAUUCACCGCAGACUAAACCACAUUACCACACGUUUUGGUACCACCACAGGCAUCAAACAUGACCACAGGAUCGCGAGAAUGACGAUAAUGACGGAAGUUACUCGGGCCGGAGGCAAGGUGGUUGUCGCGAUCUCUGCAGAAGUAUAAUCGAGGCAUCAGCCGGAGAGCGUACUGGGGUGAUCUCGCUAGUGAAUAUUUUUACUGUUGUCUAGACUCGGAGGUGGCAUUAAAUGCAGGGUACAUCGAACGCCGGUAGUUCCAUUCGGAGGCCUUCUCUCGACUGUUACAACCCCCCGGAGUAAGCAUAACCCAUCGACCCCAAGUAACAAUUUGGCGUUCUCUGAUGCAACCUAAGGACACAUCGUCAACCGUUGAGACCUCAGCGGUUGUCUACAAAAUAAGUUGAAAUGAGAACGACUGAAACUAUGUUGGGAAACCCGGCAGAAACUACAGACCCGCCUACAAGAGCACAAACCGGCGACUCAGAAGCUUGACCCAAACUCUCAUCUAUCAAUGCACGUUGAAGAAACUGAGCAUACUUCCGAUCUCCAGAGAGACCGGAGAAACAUAAAAGCAGAACGGUUAACACUUGAGGCGUGUUAUUCGCUGGCAUUUCCAUCAAUCAGUCAUUUGGACUUUCCUGCAGCUUACAACGUCCUGCGUCAUCACGUCCGUAUAGCUCAGGAUGAAGUAACCACACUGGGCUUAAGAAGGCCAGACAGCCCGACGGCGAGUUUAUUUGGAGAAAAUAGAUGAAUGGUAAUAAUCGGGAGAGGGUCAACACUGAAUAACACGGCUUAGUGUUUGUUUUUUUUAUUAUCCCGCCUAAUUUCAGUUUCCAUAUGCCAAUGCAUCAAAACUCUUCUGCUUGAAAAGGAAAUUUACCGACAGUCUAUACUUACUUUGCCUUUUACUUAUGCAUACGUAGGCCUCACCCGUAAAAUCCAUAUUACCACCUUUCUCGUAAGACAGGCUGUCUUGGCUGGCAGUAUCUUUUGGGGGCCUUUUUCCGAUUGUUACCGAAUAGACUUUAAAAACGACUUGACUUCCACUUUUUCAAAGGGAAAUUCCAACAAAAUGAAGGAGGCGAUGGCAGCAAAUCGUGUUCGGGGAAUGUGGAUCAGGAAUUGUAAUAACUAGAUCAAUUUUAGGAAAUGACCCGGUUUCUGCUCCGGUUGACGUCCCGACUUCCCUAAGUGAUUUAGCCUCUGAGUGACAACGCCAAUUUGAUAUGCGCUGUGUUGCAAAUUUUAGUGUUGGAGGAACGUGUGACCGCACUCUCUGACAUCCCAUAAACUUUUAUUGAACCUACCUUAUGAGGUCAAGCAGGUUCACUAGUUCUAAAAUUCCACUCUUACCAUGACUGUUUGAAAAUAAUUCAAAGUCUGCGUGUUUCAUUCAGUCUUGACGCGGUAUGGGACUUGUCUGGAAGACUGUCUUCAUUUUACGAGGGGUAGCGGAACUGGCAAAAUUUGAGAAAAUUCACAAAAAGAUAUAAUUUAUUGUGAAAUCGGUUCAAUUCCAUCAACUAAAAUGCCUAAGUAAAGCAUUGACCAAGUUGAGAUAAGGGAUACCAAAAACGUGCUGUAAGUAAUAGUAAAUGUAUUUAAACUAAUGGUGUCCAGCAAAAAAUAUGACUUUGGAGGGGGCUGAAAUCCAUGCCGGAUAUGUAAAUUUGACCAGCAGACGCACAUAACGGAUUUAUAAGUAAAUAAAUAAGUGAGCAUGGCGUGGUUUAUAUGUCAAAGUUUGGAAAACUGUUUUAAAUACUUCCUGGACUAAAUAUCUUCCAAUGACUUAUACAAAAUUUAAUAAGGCAACCGGGCAAGUGAUUGAUGUUUGACGAAUUUUCUCCGCAUAAUGCGCACUGUUGUCACCCGAGCUGUUUCUAGUUAGCAAAUGUCGGGAUGCGGUUGAACUGACCAUGCAGGGAUGCUAGUCACCAUUAAGAAAACUGUGAUCCGACCAUUAGCACACCAUUUUCCUGGCAAGAGCAGGGUCAUACUACGGAAGCUUUCGUCCCUCUUGUGCUGACAGUGGGGACUAUUAAGGUUCUGGUAUCAUUAGUGUGUCAAUGAGCCCUGCUGUCUUCGUCAUCUCUGGUUGGCUACCAAAAUGAUGGUUUCUGUAUUUCCCGAUUGGCAUCACUACUCAGGGAAGACAAAUUUGUUAUCGACUGUCUGGCGGUUCCAAUGACAGCCCGAAGGACCAGCCGCAAAUUAGUUAUCUUGCGGAUUUGCGGUAGUGAAUACAAGUGAGUUUCCUUUUUCUGGUCACCGAUGCCACUUUUCUUAGAACGCUACCCAUUACAUUAGAAACAUUCAAGAUUCGUUAAGUCACCACUCACUAUUAUAAAUCGCCCAGAAGUAAUUCAAAGUACAUGAUCGCUCAUGAUUUGCGCUCCCUCCCACUCAUGAAUGGGUAGCAGCUGAACGUUAGAUCUGGGAUAUUUGGCUUCCAUGGUCUUAUCCUAAAUAAAAUACACUUUCUAUUGCUUGUUGCAUGUGCUCCUCCGCCAAAAAGUUUGUAAUUAAGUACAUUGUCACAUCUGCGUGCCUCUGAUCAACUGUUAUCCUGUCGCGAACGUUUUGCAUUGCGCGUCUUUAGUCAAACUAGGGUUGGAAAGGGGAAUAUGGACCCUUUUACCACAAGUGGCCUUGCUUCAAAUGCCGGCGGGAUUGGGAUUAACGUUAGAAUAGGGGAUUUGGGCUCAAUGUCACUAAUAGUACUGUGGGAAGUUAUAUUCCCGUGUCCAGCCUAAAAAAUACAACCUAGCCCAAAGAGCCUGUUGUACUACUUUGAAAAACAACUGAACAAUGAAUCUACAAAGAGCUGCAAUUCCGCGACAAUUCAGCAGGUCGCCAGAACCAUUCAUUGUUCUGUCUGAAGUGAGUCCAUUAAGACGAUCCCUGACCUAGUGGGUAUGUUUCAGGUGUAAAUCCACCGUUAAGGGACUGACCUAAGCUCAUUAAGCCCUACGAACUGCUUCACUAAAAUAUCCAGAAGACUUCUGUCGUCAGAUGUCUGAAGAUUAACUGACGCACGAAACUAUCUGUGCACUGUGCUCAAAGUCAACAGGGAAUAGCAAGUUUCCAGUUCAGGAUUUCCUGGCUUAACAGGCCAAGCGUCAACCCACAUUUGUUAGGUUUCCGGCCAACAAUUAUUUUCCCCUCACAAUUAAGUUUUUUAAGGUUUACUCUAGCAUUUCCGUCGUGGAGACACGAUAAAAGACUACCGAAUCCAGACAAACUUCGUGAUUCCGGAUUUCAGACGUCGGAGUAGACGAAUAUGCGGCUUCCAGACUGCGGUUGUGAGUGUGGGUGUUUGACUAUCGGAAAACUGAUUGUAUUCGUUUGAGUUUUCUGAGGCACACAGGGAUCCAGCGUCAGAUAAUAAAGUAGUGACGGUCAGGCAACGGAAUGGGGACCAUCGCGUUACAUGUCGUCUUGCCCUAAAUCCCGGGAGGUAAGGGUUAGGAGGGUUAUGUUCAGGGUUAAAGUCAGGACAGGGGAAUAGGCGUCUGGAAUUUGCCGUGAGGCCGUCUGUAGCACGAUGGGCCCAUAUUUCCGAGCCCGAACGCAAUGGCACAUGUAGAGCUUUCUGCUGAUUCUCGCUGUGGGCUGACGGUGUGCUCUCCUGGCUGGGCGAGGGUAGCGCAUCUAUAUUGUGCGUACGAAAUAUCGGUUUGCGGAAUGCCUCCUGCAAAUCCUGAUCCCCAGCAGUUCUCGCCCUGUUUUUUAACCGGCCAAUGCCAUUAUCUAUGUGGUCGCGGCGCUUAAUUAGUCGUCCUACACAAAGGUAUGGGCUGGCUAAAAUGGAACCUAACGCCAACGUCGACUGACCGCCCUCGCUUCAGGAAACCAUCAAAGCUGUACACCAGACGUCCACCUGCAAAGCACCAGAAGCCGAUGCAAUUCCGAUCGAAGUCUACAACUUCGGCGGCCUUCGACUAAUGAACAAGCUGAUUUCGCUCCUUUAGCAAAUGCGGUAACAAGAAUAAGCCCCUCACGACAUCAAAAACGUGAUUACCGUUCACUUGUGGGAGCGCAAAUGAAACCGAAAAAUCUGUGACAAUAGCAGAGGCAUCUCGCUACUUUAAAUUGCAGGGGAAACCUUUGCUCGCGUCCUCAACCGUCUAAACAUGCACCUGGAGCGGAGACUUCUCCCAGCAAGCCAAAGCGGAAUCACCAACCUUAUUUUCGCCGCCAGCCAACUACAGGAGAAAUGCCAACAAAUGAGGACCAAACUCUACAUAACAUUGCCGAUCCGGUGAAGGUCUUCGCCUUCGUGAAACGUGACAGACUCUUUAGGAUCAUGACACGGUCUGGAUUUCCGGAGUGCUUAACACAAAUGACGUGCCAACUUCACGACGGAAUGAUGACUCGUAUUACAGAUAACUAGGCAGCUUCUGAAGCAUUCGUGAAGACCAAUGAGGUGAAACAGGACUGCGUCCUCGAUCCUGUUCUAUUCAGUCUCAUUUUCUCCGUUAUUCCGACAGAGACCUGUCGUGAGAAGCGGCCGGGGAUCGACACCAAUUACCAAACCGGUGGUAUACUGUGUAACGUUCGUCGUCUGAAAACAUAUAGGGCCAGUGUCCACAGUCCAUGGAUCGCAGAUGGCUGCACACUAAACACUACAACGGAAGUGGACGGAAGGCGGAGUGUGAAACUUUUCACUUUCGGUUACCCCAACUCCGGACCGACCAUCAGCACGAAGAAGACGGUGGUCACACGCCACCCGGCGCCAAGCGCGCAAUACAAUGAAUUCCAUAUCAAUGCCAAUGGAACACAAAUUGCAUCAGCGGACAAAUUCGCACAUCUCGGAAGUAUAAUUUCAAAAAAUCCCAGGAUCGCGGACGAGGUGGCUAAGUAAACGUUCAAAGUCAGCCGGACUUUCGGCUGACUAUUGGAUUUAGUUUGAAAUCGUCGUAGAUUCCACCCCAGCAGAACACUGAAGAUAUAUCGAACCAUCAACCAUGAUAACGCUGUACUGGGCGGAAACCUGUACCGUGUGAGAGAACUCAAUCACUUCCGCCUCAACUGCAUCUGGAAAAUAUCUGAGCUGGGGUGGCGAGACGAUUCCAGACACAGAAGUUCUGGAGCGAUUCGGAAUUCACAGCAUGCACACCAAGCAGUCGCGUCGUGAGAAUGGACGACGAGCACCUAUGCAAGCCGCUACCCCACGACGAUGUCAUCACAGAUGUUCGUUCACAGGACAAAAACGACGCUAAAAUAAUAUUAAAAAAUUUCCCUCAGUAAUCCUCGAAUCUACCUCGAGACCUAAGAUGAUCUUGCACGGAAUAGAUCGGUCUGGAAAACAGGAGUGAAAACUGGAACGAUAGUCUACGAAACCAGCCGGAUAGUUUUUGUCAAAGCUAAAAUAUCGACUCGCAAGUCUCAAGUCUCGCGAACCAACAUUUCAAACAGCCAGUCGCAUUACUUUAUAUUUACGAUAGCAACAAAAUUCGGCGUAUGGAACGGUCUCGUCGGACAUCUGCGGGUCCACUGCGCUGCCAACGCGGCAGCCCCUCCUUGCGUCGCAGAAAUCGCCUCCAACUCCGCUACCGCAACCUUCACGACGUCGACGACCGCCACCAAUGGCGAACAAACUCCCGAUGCUCCGUCAACCGUCAUCACCUCCACCAUCGACACCGCAAAUCCCAAGCUAACGGCGACAACAAUCACAACCACCUGUACCACCGGUAAAGACAGGACCGACGCCCCGCAACCCAUCACUACCGCUACCAUAGCCGCGUAA